UUUAGAAUAAACCGAAACUGAAAGCACAAGAUCCUAGCCCCCCUCCCUCUCCUCCCCUCCUUAAGGUGCUGCCCGACUGUACAAACAGGUGGGCGGUUUCUACAAACAUUAUAAGAGUGAAAGCAUGCUCCAGCGUCUGCAAUUCAAGCGUAAAGAGACGUCUUGCAGGUAAACUGACAGCCAAUAUCCUGCUCAUUUAUCCAAGGAGGCGCUGUAGGGUUUUACAACAAGUUGAGAAGAUCAUAGGAAUACCGUAGUUCCAUAUCCAGUCUUGAAAAGGAAAUGCAAGCAUCUUUGCCUGUGGCCGUUUAGAAACGUUCCCUUUAUUUGCUGUUGCGGUUGACGGUGCACCAUAUGGGACCAUUACUAAAAGAUAUGCCGCUGGUGGCAUCCUUCGUCGACUCGCGAUCAGAAGGCAGCGGAACGUCUUUCUCCGGUGAGGACUACCCAAGCCCAUCCGAAUCGGAGAGAGGAGGACAGAAAGGAGUGAGUGUGGACCGGAGAGGUAAAAGAAGGGUGAAGAACAGAGAUGCUGCCAGGAAGAGCAGGAAAAAACAGACGGAGAGAGCAGACAUUCUCCACCAGGAGCUACAGACCUUGGAACGUUCUAACUCAGCUCUAGAGAAGGAGAUUGCUGGUCUGAGAAGAGAGUUCCGGCUUCACACAGCCACGCUGGAGCAACAUGAACCUCUCUGCACCCUCCGGCCCUCCUCUAUACCCGCCAAUGCCCCCUGCUUCCAGAUCCUGUCCCCCUCCGCUUCAUCUAUUGCCCCUGUGACUACCCCGGGACCCACUGUGUCCCCUGUGACUACCCCGGCACCCACUGUGUCCCCUCAAACUACCCCGGGCUCUCUUCUUACCCCAGUAACUGGAGGGCAGUUGGCUUGUUUACCUGCUCCUGCCUCUUUACCCCUCUCCACUCUCGUCACUGUUCCUUCAACUGCCCAUGUGACUAACCCCUACCCUUUGCUUUCCACUCUAUAUUCCCCAAUAUCUAAUAUUUCCCCAAACAAUCUUUGUGCCUCUCUAAUUACCCCCAAAACUAAUAUUUGUCCUCUAACUACCUCAAGAACUAAUCUUGCCCUUCCAAAUAUCCCUACCCCUACUCUGUCAUCCACUUCCUACCCUCUGACCAUGUACCCUCUGAACUUGUCUACCCCAGCCAUUGAAACCCCAAUAGAAUUGUCUCUCUCCGACAUCCUGGACAGUCCUGAUUGGCUCUGCGAUCCUGCAUCACCCAACUGGGGCGAGUUCUAAUGGACCAAUCACACUGUUUGGCGAAUGGUUAAAAGCAACCUGUGGUAGCUCGGCCCUAUUGCCUCUGACCACAGAACAUCAGUACUGAUUUUCUGGCAAUUUCCUGACGAAUCUCCACGUUGAAUCUCCACUGUCCAUCGGCAGACAACCACCAGGUGAUCUACAGCCAACGUCUGUGAUGAUGUGUCUUUCAUGGGGUAAGAUUCCUGGCACCCUGUGAAAGAGUCAUUUAGGUUUCUGUAGAAAAGAACAGAUAGACACUUAACGUUUAUGGACUCUGGUGUUUGGUACAUGUAUAUACCAAGCACAUGUAAUGGGUGUUCACAUCUUGUGAGGAAUUCUGUAGCUGUUAUGUUGAUUUGUGCUGGCCCCACGGGGGGCCAGCACAGGAAAUGUAUGAAAUGUAUGCAUUCACUACUGUAAGUCGCUCUGGAUAAGAGCGUCUGCUAAAUGACUAAAAUGUAAAUGUAAAAUUUACUGUUUGUGUUUUUGAAUAAUCGGCCCUGUUCAUUGGUCAUAGCAGACUAACCGGCCCUGUUCAUUGGUCAUAGCAGACUAACCGGCCCUGUUCAUUGGUCAUAGCAGACUAACCGGCCCUGUUCAUUGGUCAUAGCAGACUAACCGGCCCUGUUCAUUGGUCAUAGCAGACUAACCGGCCCUGUUCAUUGGUCAUAGCAGACUAUUGGCCCUGAUCAAUGGUCAUAACAGACUAACCGGCCCUGUUCAUUGGUCAUAACAGACUAUUGGCCCUGAUCAAUGGUCGGUGAUGAACUUCUUUGAGAGUGGAAUAAUUGAUUGAUUGAUUGGAAUAAGCUUUUAAACUCUUCAUUAGAACCUCACAUAUUGAGUUCAUUUAUUUGUGUAUAAAAUCAACAAUUCAAUUGA